AUGCAGGCAGAAGUACUGCCCAAAGCAACUGAAAACCUGUUUUUGAGGAGUCGACCAACCACUGCGGCUAAUCUGAGCCGUCCACGUGGCUGCAUGGAUGAAGGCUGGAGUGAGAGAGCCGUUAUGCCAUUGCAGCUGGCCUUUGUACCUUGUGUACUAACUGCGGCUAAUCUGAGCCGUCCACGUGGCUGCAUGGAUGAAGGCUGGAGUGAGAGAGCCGUUAUGCCAUUGCAGCUGGCCUUUGUACCUUGUGUACUAAGUUUCUCACGAGCUGCAGCAUGUUGUUUGUCUUCAUGCAAGGAGGAGGUUCUUAUGAACAUGGGCAGCUUAAAGAUGGAGGGCUCCCUUGGAUGCAUCACGUGUGUUCCCACUAAUUCAAUUGUUAAUUAA